AUGUUGAAGGACAACCAUUCCGAUGACGAUGUGAAGGAUCUGGUGAGUGAACUGGAGAUCAUGAAGAUGAUUGGAAGGCAUCCAAACGUUAUCAGUUUGCUUGGAUGCUGCAGCAACGAGGGUCCUCUGUACGUCAUCAUGGAGUACGCAGCUCAUGGCAACUUGAAGAAUUUUCUACACGAUCAUCGAUUCGAAGAAAGCUGUGAGCAGCGCGAUAAGAAAGCAAUUUCUAUGCACAGGUUGAUCACCUUUGCAACCCAAAUCGCCUCUGGAAUGGAGUACCUUGCAUUGAUCAAGUGCAUCCAUCGAGACUUGGCCGCACGUAACAUACUGGUCGCCGAAGGUUACGUCAUGAAGAUUGCCGACUUUGGACUUGCUCGGGAUGUCCAGGAUCAUGAGUAUUACCGGAAAAUGACCGCCGGGAAGGUUCCAAUCCGGUGGAUGGCACCGGAAUCGUUGGAGCACUUUUUCUUCGACUCGCGUACGGAUGUCUGGUCGUUUGGUGUGCUUCUGUGGGAGAUCAUGACGCUCGGUCGUCAGCCGUACUUGAACGUCACAAGUUGGGAGUAUCAAUUGCAGUACUUGAAGCAAGGGAAUCGACUGGAGAAGCCAGCUCAGUGUCCGGAUGAUGUUUAUGAUGUUAUGAGGGGGUGCUGGCAGGUGACACCGACGCAACGCCCAUCGUUUGGAGAAAUUUUACAACACAUGAAGUUGUGCUCGGAUGCCUUGAACGCAUGA